AUGGUUUCCAACCUAGGGGCCGAGUAUUUGAAUAGCUACCAAGGGUUCGACGAUAGCGGUCAAGAUGGAGCGCUACACAACACGCUGAGAAGGAUCCAGUCAGGCGAGGUUACGGACAUAGACGACAUCGAAUCGGCGCACAGAGCCGUUGAAUAUCGAAUGACUCAAAUGUCUACGGCGGACCGAUACCUACAGAUGAUGGACAUGGCUCCGCCAAAGGGGCAACUGUGCUGUGAGUACAGGACGAACAAAAUCAGGCAAGAGGUUGGAGGUGACAAGCAUCACAUUAUCAGAAGGCUCAUAUUUGAUCGUAAAAUUUUAUUCCCGCGUCCAGUUCAGGGUCAAGGUCGACAGUUCCUUAAGGGCAUGGACUACUUGGUUGCAGCUUUCCACUAUGCCAACACACCGAAGGAGGUCGUCGUCAAGAAACUUGAUGCUUUGACUACCACGCUGGAUCAAGCUUUGGAGCGGGAGAUGGAAGUGGUGAAGCGAGAUCCUGAGGUGAAAUCCAAGAGACGCAAGCUGUUCCAGUCCUUUGGAGUAGCUUUUGGGAAUAUUUCCCCUAGUAAGCGGCGGUCUCGAGGUCUUUCAUUGACAGGAGCUGCUUGA